AUGUCCAAGGACCCCGUUAAUCUCGACAACAUUUACGCUAACAAUGUGGGAACUUUCGCCAAAAUCGUCAACACGGUGCUGCCUGUAACGUAUCCAGAAAAGUUCUUUGACGAACAGUUCGAUGCGAAGAAUAAAUCAACCUUCUUUGGCCAAUUGGGCUACUUUGGCGAGGUAGCAGUUGGUGGUGUAAGAGCUGAGCUCAUUGCAAACAAGAAUGGAGGCGUGAAACCUGCAGGUGUGUAUAUUCAGGUUUUAGCAGUGCUAGCAGCGUAUCGUGGAAGAGCCAUCGGGUCUAGGCUUCUAAGCUAUAUAGAGGAACAGUCCAAAGAGCAUUUUCAACAUAAGAUCUUUGCACAUGUGGCAGUCGAUAACGAAGAAGGUCUGGAAUGGUACAAGAAGCAUGGUUUUGAAAUCGAGGGUUUACCACUCAAAGACUACUACAAGGACACAACUGGAUCACCAGAUGCAUACGUUUUGGUCAAACAGGUAUGA